AUGCUACAGAGAGCGCCAUUGAGCACAGCAGCAGCACCUUCGAUCCCUUCUAGAUCCCAGGCUCUCCUCCGCUCUCUACCACGCCAAACCCGUCCCGCCCUCUUCCAAACACCAAAUUACCUCUCCCACGCGACCCAUCGCCACUAUUCCACAGAGUUAAAGGCACAGGUUGACAUCAAGGACCAGAGCAGCGCAAGUGUUGUCGACUCCUCCAAGGUCCAUCUUCGCUGGAAGGACGGAACCACCAGCCGCUUCCAUUCGUUCUGGCUUCGUGACCAUUGCCACUGCCCCGAGUGCUACCACUCCGUCACCAAGCAGCGCCUCGUCAACACCUUCAAGAUUCCACGCGAUAUCAAGCCAAAGUCAGUCUCCCUCUCUUCCACAGGCCUGGAUAUCACCUGGGAUCACGAAAACCACAAGAGUCAUUACCCAUUCACCUGGCUGAACAGGCACUCGUACGACCCCAAGAUCACAGACCCUUACCUCCCCGAGGGAGCACCUAAGAAGACGUGGGACAACUCGAUCGCGUCCGACUUGCCAGAGGUUGCAUACAAGGAUGUCAUGGAGUCAGACAAGGGCCUUGCAGAAUGGCUGAACAACAUUCAUGUCUAUGGAUUCUCGUUUGUCAGUGGAGUGCCAGUUACGACCGAGGCGACUGAGGAAUUGGCCAAGCGCAUCUCCUUCAUUCGUGAGACGCACUACGGUGGGUUCUGGGACUUUACAUCAGAUCUUGGACACGGAGACACUGCAUACACGGACCUCGCCCUCGGCGCCCAUACCGAUACUACCUAUUUUACUGAUCCCGUCGGUCUCCAGAUGUUCCAUUUGUUGCACCACGAUGGCGAGGGCGGCCACAACCUAAUGGUCGACGGCUUCCACUGCGCAAAGAUCCUCAAGGAACGCCACCCAGCCUCAUACAAACUCCUCUCAGAAAUCGGAAUCCCCUCCCACUCGGCCGGCGACCUCUCCACCCACAUUGUCCCCUCUCCCCGCCGAAACCCCAUCCUCAACCAUGACCCCGUAACCCAAGACCUAGUCCAGGUCCGCUUCAACAAUGAUGAUCGCUCGACUAUGGGUCAUUUGGAACCUCAUCAAGUCGAUGCGUUCUAUGAGGCGUUGUUUGAUUGGAAUAGGGUUCUCACGGAUGAGAAGAAUUUGUUGUGGACAAAGUUUCAGCCGGGUAGGGUGUUGAUUUUCGAUAACUGGAGGUGUUUGCAUGGUCGGUCGGCUUUCACGGGUAAGAGGCGUAUGUGUGGAGCAUAUACCAACUGGGAUGAUUACAGGUCCAGGUGGAGGACUUUGAACACCUCUGCCAAGCAGUUGGCUGAGGACUUGUGA